AUGGCCCCAGGGAGGAAAGAGCUUUGGGCCGCGCUGCCCGUCCUCCUGCUCCUGAUUUUUGCAGUCCGCAGCGCGGCGGCGUCGCCGUUGCGGCGGGCGUUGGAGGCCCACGAGAACCUCCGGGUGCUGGCAGCCUAUGGUGGCCUGUCGGGUGUGGCGGCCGCUGUCACCGGCGCUGCUAUCUACGGUGAGCUCGCCAUCCUAGCGGUGGAGCAGCAGGCCUUGUACGGCGCUGUGCUGGCGCUGCACUGUUGGGGGAUGCACGGCCUUGGUGCCACGGGGGCCGAGCCAAGAGGCGCGCCCUCCCAGCAGAAGGCCAAGACGGAAGACGAAGAGGAAGGAAGCGGCCGAAGGCAGGUGGUGGAAUCGGAUCGCGGCCCCAGCGACAAGGCCCGUCAGACAGUCGAGAUGACGGGACGCAGCUCUUCUGCACCCUCGGCGCCAGCAGCAGCUGCAGCAGCAGCAGUCCCAGCAGGCGGAGAAGGAGCAGGUAGCAAGAACCCUGCCCCGCCACCGGACGCUGGGCCGCUGCUCAACUUCGACGAGGCGACGGCCAGGCGGCGGACGGUGGACGACGAUGCCUUGAUGGAGGAGCAGCUCUUUGCCCGCGCGAUGGCGCCGAUGUCCACAGAGGAGGCCGACGCAAGCGGUGUCGCAGAGGCCGCGCCACAGUUCGAUGCCGACUUCGAGGAGCUGAUGAGGCGCUUCGACGAAGAUGAUCGGGCGACGGCGCAGCCUAUCACGGAGCUCGCCCUGGAAAGUUUCGAGGACGAGUCACCUCCUCCGGCACCCGCAAUCCUCUCCGAUGUGACACCGGCGCACCAGCCAGUGCUUACCUUGGACGCCGAGAUGCUGCUCGACAGCAAUGCGAAUGAGGACGAGGAUGAGCUGCUCAAGGGCAUUGAGGACCUUCCCUGA